AUGUUCUUUUGCCGCUUAAACAGUAUAGACCCGAUACGUAAUUAGUUUCAUUGUGAUUUUAAAUUAUUUGAAGCGACAGCAUGGCUUCAUUAUUGAAAUUGUUUUCGCCAAAUGUUUUGUUAACUGCAAGUCGUGGCUUUGUUGCACAAAACCCAGGUUUUGCAACCACCCAGAUAGCAUUUUUUUCACAGUACAGUCAAAUUGUGCAAAAACUGGGCAUACCAGAUAAGCCGAAGCAACCGCGAACUGCUUUUAUUCAUUAUUUAGAUGAUGUUAGAGCCUCUAUCAAAUUCAAAAAACCGAAGGAUCUUUUCGUUCAAGCGGGUGUACAAUGGAAUCAAUUGACCACUGAGGAAAAGGAAAAGUACUACACAGAAUUCAAAAAGGAAUCUGCCGAGUAUCGUCAGCUCUACGACGAAUAUAAAAAGAACCUAACGCCGGAACAAGAGAAAGCUAUAAAAACAGAGCGAAAAUUAUUGAAAGACAAACGAGCACAUGCGACUGCAAAGAAAACGUUGAAAACCGAACUCCAGGCAUUGGGCAAACCAAAAAAGCCAAUGUCUGCUUACGCAUGUUUUGUCAAAGACAAGUGUACCGAUAGUCAUUUGCGAGCUUCCGAUGUUAAAAAUGAAUGGGAGCAAUUGAGCGAUGAACAAAAACAAGUCUACAAAAAUAAAUACAUACAACUAAGAGAUACUCAUCAGGCUGAGCUAAAGAUAUGGGAAGAUAAGAUGUUGUUGGAGGAUAAAGGCCAUUUGGUACGAAAGAAACGAUUUGUGGUAAAAAACGGAAAGGGUGUAGUAGCACGAAAGCCACGCGGCAAGGACAAUAAACAAAAGGCCGAAUAGGAAAUCGCGUGUUCUCAAUUCAAAAAUGAUGACCAGCAUUACAAUCAAAUCGAACAUUCUGUAUCAAUCGACCAACAUUCGAGUGGAGAUGCAAGUACAUCAAAACACACUGAACAACAAACAAACUCUCCAAAGACUAGCCCUGAAAUAGGUAUUUUUAACAAAAUAAGUAGUAUUUGGACGAAUAGGAAUGAGAACACCGCCUCGGACAAACCACAACAAUAUAAAAACAAACCGGAUUUAGUUAAGAGCAUCAAGAAAUUGUUUAAAACUUAGAUUAAUACACACACCAUUAUAUGCAUCACCGUUUUCAGAAAAUUGUUAUUGUAUCCAAACCAUGUACAAGUGAAUAAUUUUUUUCAACGGAAAAGAAAAAAGUGCGAGCCAAAUGUGUUGAUAAAAUAAUGUAUCUAUAUAACUUGAUAAUUGAAGGAUGUUUAUUAUUUCAUUAUUCGAGAACGAAUGUGAGACUUCAUUAAAUUGUAACGCUGCCAUACGAAAAAUGUCCAUUUUUUUAUGCUGGUGUUACAUUUCAAUAAAAUCUCAGUAGAAGACUCA